GCUGCCGCCCCCGGGCUCGGGGUGGCCGCCGCUACAGCCUCAGCGCAGGGACCCUUCCAUGAAGACUGAGGCAGGCGUAGCUGCGGACAGCCUGCUGACAUGACAUCAGCCACGGAGCUUGAAAACGUGGGCAACCAGCCACCGUACAGCCGGAUCAAUGCCCGCUGGGACGGCCCAGAUGAUGAGCUGGAUAAUGACAACAGCUCAGCCAGGCUCUUUGAGAGGUCCCGGAUCAAGGCCUUGGCAGAUGAGCGGGAAGUUGUUCAGAAGAAGACCUUCACAAAAUGGGUGAACUCACACCUGGCGCGCGUGUCCUGCCGCAUCACCGACCUCUACAAGGACCUGCGGGACGGGCGGAUGCUCAUCAAGCUGCUGGAGGUGCUCUCCGGAGAGAUGCUGCCAAAGCCCACGAAGGGGAAGAUGCGCAUCCACUGCCUGGAGAAUGUGGACAAGGCCCUGCAGUUCCUGAGGGAGCAGCGCGUGCACCUGGAGAACAUGGGCUCCCACGACAUCGUGGAUGGCAACCACCGCCUGGUCCUCGGCCUCAUCUGGACCAUCAUCCUGCGCUUCCAGAUUCAGGACAUCGUCGUCCAAACUCAGGAAGGUCGUGAGACGCGCUCGGCCAAGGAUGCCUUGCUCUUGUGGUGUCAGAUGAAGACGGCAGGCUACCCCCACGUCAAUGUCAUCAACUUCACCUCCAGCUGGAAGGAUGGCCUGGCCUUUAACGCCCUGAUCCAUAAGCACCGGCCCGACCUGAUCGACUUCGAUAAGCUGAAGGACUCCAACGCCCGGCACAACCUGGAACACGCCUUCGAAGUGGCCGAGCGUCAGCUGGGCAUCAUCCCGCUUCUCGACCCUGAAGAUGUCUUCACAGAAAACCCUGAUGAGAAAUCCAUCAUUACCUAUGUGGUGGCGUUUUACCACUACUUUUCCAAGAUGAAGGUGCUGGCGGUGGAGGGCAAACGAGUCGGUAAGGUAAUUGACCACGCCAUUGAGACCGAGAAGAUGAUUGAGAAGUACAGUGGGCUGGCCUCAGACCUGCUCACCUGGAUUGAGCAGACCAUCACUGUCCUGAAUAGCCGCAAGUUCGCCAACUCCCUGGCCGGUGUCCAGCAGCAGCUUCAGGCCUUCAGCACCUACCGCACCAUCGAGAAGCCACCCAAGUUUCAGGAGAAGGGGAAUCUGGAAGUCCUACUUUUUACCAUCCAGUCCCGGAUGAGAGCCAACAAUCAGAAAGUGUAUACGCCCCAUGAUGGGAAACUGGUGUCCGACAUCAACCGGGCCUGGGAAAGCCUGGAGGAAGCUGAGUACCAGCGGGAGCUGGCCCUGAGGGGUGAGCUCAUCCGGCAGGAGAAGCUGGAGCAGCUGGCCCGGCGCUUUGACAGAAAAGCUGCCAUGAGAGAGACGUGGCUCAGUGAAAACCAGCGCCUCGUGGCCCAGGAUAACUUUGGGUACGACCUGGCAGCAGUGGAGGCCGCCAAGAAGAAGCACGAGGCCAUCGAGACAGACACGGCCGCCUACGAGGAGCGGGUGCGGGCCCUGGAGGACUUGGCCCAGGAGCUGGAGCUGGAGAACUACCAUGACCAGAAGCGCAUCACGGCCCGCAAGGACAACAUCCUGCGCCUGUGGGACUACCUGCAGGAGCUGCUGGGGGCCCGGCGCCAGAGGCUGGAGAAGACACUGGACCUGCAGAAGCUCUUCCAGGACAUGCUGCAUAGCAUUGAUUGGAUGGACGGGAUCAAGGCUCACCUCUUGUCUGCUGAGUUUGGAAAGCACUUGUUGGAGGUCGAGGACUUGCUACAGAAACACAAGUUGAUGGAGGCUGACAUUGCCAUCCAAGGAGACAAAGUGAAGGCCAUCACCACAGCCACCCUGCAGUUCACUGAGGGGUCAGGGUACCAGCCUUGUGACCCCCAGGUCAUCCGGGAUCGUGUCAGCCACCUGGAAAAGUGCUUCGAGGAGCUGAGCAACACGGCAGCUGGGCGCAAGGCCCAGCUGGAGCAGUCCAAGCAGCUCUGUAAGUUCUUCUGGGAGAUGGAUGAGGCCGAGAGCUGGAUCAAGGAGAAGGAGCAGAUUUACUCCUCCCUGGACUAUGGCAAGGACCUGACCAGCGUGCUCAUCCUGCAGCGUAAGCACAAGGCCUUUGAGGAUGAGCUGCGCGGGCUGGAUGCCCACCUAGACCAGAUCUUCCGGGAGGCUGAGGACAUGGUGGCACGCAAGCAGUUUGGGUACGAGCGGAUUGAGGUCCGGAUCAAGAAGGUGUCUGACCAGUGGAAUGAGCUGAAGGACCUGGCUGCCUUUUGCAAGAAAAACCUCCAGGACACUGAGAACUUCUUCCAGUUCCAGGGCGACGCGGAUGAUCUGAAGGCCUGGCUACAGGACGCCCACCGGCUGCUCUCAGGGGAAGAUGUGGGGCAGGAUGAAGGGGCCACACGGGCCCUGGAGAAAAAACACAAGGACUUCCUGGAGGAGCUGGAGGAGAGCCGCGGAGUGAUGCAGCACCUGGAACAGCAGGCGCAGGACUUUCCCCCAGGGUUCCAGGAUUCCCCAGAUGUGACCAACCGGCUGCAGGCCCUCCGGGAUCUCUACCAGCAGGUGGUGGCCCAGGCGGACUUGCGGCGGCAGAGGCUGCAGGAUGCCCUGGACCUGUACACGGUGUUUGGGGAGACAGACGCCUGUUUGCUGUGGAUGGGCGAGAAGGAGAAGUGGCUGGCCCAGAUGGAGAUCCCGGACACACUGGAGGAUCUGGAGGUCGUGCAGCACAGGUUCGACAUCCUGGACCAGGAGAUGAAGACGUUGAUGAGUCAGAUUGAUGGCGUGAACCUUGCUGCCAACAGCCUGGUAGAGAGCAAUCACCCACGCAGUGCGGAAGUGAAGAAGUGCCAGGAUAACCUGAACACCAGGUGGCAGGACUUCCAGACCAUGGUGUCCGAACGGCGGGAGGCCGUGGACUCGGCCCUCCGGGUGCACAACUACUGCGUGGACUGUGAGGAGACUGGCAAGUGGAUCGUGGACAAGACGAAGGUGGUGGAGUCCACAAAGGACCUGGGCCGGGACCUGGCAGGGGUCAUUGCCAUCCAGCGCAAGUUGUCGGGGCUGGAGCGUGACGUGGCUGCCAUCCAGACCCGUUUGGGCAUGCUGGAGCGGGAGUCACAGCGGUUGAUGCAGUCACACCCCGAGCUGAAGACGGACAUUGAGCAGAGGCAGGCGUACGUGGAGGAGCUGUGGCAGGGCCUAAAGCAGGCCUUGAAGAGCCAGGAGGCCUCCCUGGGGGAAGCCAGCCAGCUGCAGGCCUUCCUGCAGGAUCUGGAUGCCUUCCAGGCCUGGCUCUCCACAACCCAGAAGGAUGUGGCCUCCAAGGACAUGCCCGAGUCCCUCCCGGAGGCCGAGCAGCUCCUGCAGCAGCACGCGGCCAUCAAGGACGACAUCGACAGGCACCAGGAGAGCUACCAGAAAGUCAGGGUGUCUGGGGAGAGGGUGACCCAUGGCCAGACAGACCCAGAGUACCUGCUCCUGGGCCAGCGGCUAGAUGGCCUAGAGAAGGGCUGGGACGCCUUGAGCCGGAUGUGGGAGAGCCGCAGCCAGGCCCUCACCCAGUGCCUCGGCUUCCAGGAGUUCCAGAAAGAUGCCAAGCAGGCUGAGGCCAUCCUCAGCAACCAGGAAUAUACCCUGGCUCACUUGGAGUUCCCAGACUCCCUAGAAGCUGCAGAGGCCGGGAUCCGGAAGUUUGAGGAUUUCUUGGUGUCUAUGGAGAACAACCGGGAUAAGGUUUUGAGUCCUGUGGACUCUGGCAACAAGCUGGUAGCUGAGGGGAACCUCUACUCAGACAAGAUCAAGGAGAAGGUGCAGCUGAUUGAGGACAGGCACAGGAAGAACAAUGAGAAGGCCCAAGAGUCCUCAGAGCUUCUGAAAGACAACCUAGAGCUCCAGAACUUCUUGCAGAACUGCCAGGAGCUCACUCUCUGGAUCAAUGACAAGCUGCUAACAUCUCAGGAUGUCUCCUAUGACGAAGCUCGAAACCUUCACAACAAAUGGCUGAAGCACCAGGCAUUCGUGGCGGAGCUGGCUUCCCACCAGGGGUGGCUGGAGAACCUUGACGCGGAAGGAAAGCAGCUGAUGGAGGAGAAGCCUCAGUUUGCAGCCCUGGUGUCACAGAAGCUGGAAGCCCUGCACCGGCUCUGGGACGAGCUUCAGGCCAACACACAAGAGACGGCUCAGCACCUAUCAGCUGCCAGGAGCUCCGACCUGCGCUCGCAGACCCAAGCUGACCUCAACAAGUGGAUCCGGGCCAUGGAGGACCAGCUGCAGUCGGACGACCUGGGCAAGGACCUGACCAGCGUCAACAGGAUGCUGGCUAAGCUGAAGCGCGUGGAGGACCAAGUGAAUGUGCGCAAGGAGGAGCUGGAGGAGCUGUUCGCCCAGAUGCCCUCGCUGGGAGAGGAGGCGGGGGAUGAAGACCUGAGCAUUGAGAAGCGGUUCCUGGAUCUUCUGGAGCCCUUGGGGAGGAGGAAGAAGCAGCUGGAAUCAUCCAGAGCCAAGCUGCAGAUCAGCCGGGACUUAGAGGAUGAGACGCUCUGGGUGGAAGAGAGGCUGCCUCUGGCCCAGUCGACCGACUAUGGCACUAACCUGCAAACCGUGCAGCUGUUCGUGAAAAAGAACCAGACGCUGCAGAACGAGAUCCUGGGCCACACGCCCCGGGUGGAGGACGUGCUGCACAGAGCGCAGCAGCUGGUGGCGGCGGCCGAGAUCGACUGCCGGGACGUGGAGGAGCGCCUGGGGCAGCUGCAAGGCUUGUGGGACACGCUGCGGGAGGCAGCGGCCGGCCGGCUGCAGCGCCUGCGGGAGGCCAGCGAGGCCCAGCAGUACUACCUGGAUGCGGGCGAGGCCGAGGCCUGGAUCGGCGAGCAGGAGUUCUACGUCUUCUCCGACGAGAACCCCCAGGAUGAAGAGAGUGCCAUCGUGAUGCUGAAGCGGCACUUGCGGCAGCAGCGGGCGGUGGAGGAGUAUGGGAGGAACAUCAAGCAGCUGGCUGGCCGGGCGCAGGGCCUGCUAUCCGCAGGCCACCCCGAGGGAGAACAGAUCAUCAGACUUCAGGGGCAAGUGGACAAGCAGUAUGCAGGGCUGAAGGACAUGGCGGAGGAGCGCAGGCGGAAGCUGGAGAACAUGUACCACCUGUUCCAGCUCAAGAGGGAGGUGGAUGACCUGGAGCAGUGGAUCGCAGAGAAGGACACGGUGGCCUCCUCCUCGGAAAUGGGGCAAGACUUUGACCACGUGACUGUGCUCCGGGACAAGUUCCGGGACUUCGCCCGGGAGACCGGGGCAAUUGGGCAGGAGCGUGUGGACAACGUGAAUGCCGUCAUUGAGCGGCUCAUCGAUGCGGGCCACUCAGAGGCAGCCACCAUCGCCGAGUGGAAGGAUGGGCUGAACGAGAUGUGGGCGGACCUGCUAGAGCUCAUCGACACGCGCAUGCAGCUGCUGGCUGCCUCCUACGACCUGCAGCGCUACUUCUACACCGGUUCCGAGAUCCUGGGCCUCAUUGAUGAGAAGCACCGUGAGCUGCCUGAGGAUGUGGGGCUGGACGCCAGCACCGCAGAGUCUUUCCACCGUGUGCACACAGCUUUUGAGCGGGAGCUCCAUCUGCUGGGGGAGCAGGUACAGCAGUUCCAGGAUGUGGCCACCCGCCUGCAAACAGCGUACGCCGGGGAGAAGGCAGACAUCAUCCAGAACAAGGAGCAGGAAGUGUCUGCCGCGUGGCAGGCGCUGCUCGAUGCCUGUGCCGGGCGCCGCACCCAGCUGGUGGACACGGCAGACAAAUUCCGCUUCUUCAGCAUGGUCCGAGACCUCCUCUCCUGGAUGGACAGCAUCAUCCGGCAGAUUGAGACCCAGGAGAAGCCCAGGGACGUCUCCUCAGUGGAACUCCUCAUGAAGUAUCACCAGGGCAUCCGGGCGGAGAUAGAGACCCGCAGCAAGAACUUCAGCACCUGCCUGGAGCUCGGCGAGUCCCUCCUGCAGAGGCAGCACCAGGCCUCGGACGAGAUCAGGGAGAAGCUGGAGCAGGUGGUGUCCAGGAGGGAGGAGAUGAAGGAGAAGUGGGAGGCCCGCUGGGAGAGGCUCCGCAUGUUGCUGGAGGUGUGUCAGUUUUUCCGGGAUGCCUCCGUGGCCGAAGCAUGGUUGAUCGCCCAGGAGCCCUACCUGGCCAGCCGGGACUAUGGACACACGGUGGACAGCGUGGAAAAGCUCAUCAAGAGGCAUGAGGCUUUUGAGAAAUCUGCGGCCAGCUGGGAAGAGCGCUUCGCUGCCCUAGAAAAGCCCACCACGCUUGAGCUCAAAGAGCGCCAGACCCCGGAGAGAACCGAGGAGGAGCCUGGGCUUCAAGAGGAGGAAGGCGAGACAGCGGGGGAGGCUCCCCGAGGUCCCCACCAAGCCACCACUGAGAGAACAUCCCCGGGGGAAGAAGAGAGGCCGUGGCCCCAGGACCUGCAGCCGCCACCCCCGCCAGGGCCCCACGAGGACGGGCAGGAGGAGAAAUCCAGCACAGACGAGAGGCCUGCCACAGAGCCCCUCUUCAAGGUCCUCGACACACCGCUGAGUGAGGGUGACGAGCCUACGACGCUGCCGGCCCAGCGGGACCGCGGGCACAGCGUGCAGAUGGAGGGCUUCCUGGGCCGGAAGCAUGACCUGGAGGGGCCCAACAAGAGGGCCUCCAACAGGUCCUGGAACAACCUGUACUGUGUGCUCAGGAACAGUGAGCUGGCCUUCUAUAAGGAUGCCAAGAAUCUGGCCCUGGGGGUGCCCUACCAUGGGGAGGAGCCCCUGGCCCUGAGACAUGCCAUCUGUGAGAUUGCUGCCAACUACAAGAAGAAGAAGCACGUCUUCAAGCUGAGGCUAAGCAACGGCAGCGAGUGGCUCUUCCACGGCAAGGAUGAGGAGGAGAUGCUGUCCUGGCUACAGGGCGUGAGCACGGCCAUCAACGAGUCCCAGAGCAUCCGCGUCAAGGCACAGAGCCUGCCCCUUCCCCCCAUCACCGGCCCCGACGCCAGCCUCGGCAAGAAAGACAAGGAGAAGAGAUUCAGCUUCUUCCCCAAAAAGAAGUAGCCUCUCGGGCGCCCGGCGGGUGAAGCCGGUGCGUCGUUGGGACGUGCAGGGACUAGCGCCUCCCUCCUCGGCAGGGCUUUCCUCCCGCCCACGGCCCGGCCGCCGCCGCUGCCUGCCUCCUGCCUGCUCUGAGCUGCCGGCCGGCCGGCCGGGCGCAGGCCCCGCUGCACUGCGAUCGCUGCCUUCGCCCGCCCGGCCCGGCCCGGCCCACGCCUGCCUCCGCGCCCUCCGCCCCGCACACAUCGAGCGCGGACUCCAGGGACGCGGCACCCAGCUCCGCGGGCCCUCGGGGCCUCUGGGUCUGGGGGCAGGAAACGGUUUUUGAGGCCCAAACCCUCCUCCCCCCACCCUCCUUACGGGGCACCAGCCCCCACCCCCCUAUUCCCACACAAGCUGGAAAAGAAGGCUUGAUAGGGGUUCCUCAGAUGCUGAGAAGUGAAAGUGAAGUCGCUCAGUUGUAUCUCUGCGACCCCAUGGACCCAAGCCUUCUCCGUCCAUGGGAUUUUCCAGGCAAGGGUACCGGAGUGGGUUGCCAUUUUUUCUCCAGGGGAUCUUCCUGCCCCAGGAAUCAAACCUGGGUCUCCAGCAUGGCGGGCAGAUGCAUUACCCUCUGAGCCACCAGAGAAGAUUCCUGAGAUGCUGCCCACUCCGAAAGCAAGUGUUGCCUGGGGCCCUGUCCCACUAGGUCGCAGCCAGGGGGAGAGAAGAUGUCCUUGGGAAGGCCCGACCUGCCCCCAGGGGUGUGAAGAGGGAGUCUUCAGGAAGCUCUGGGCCAGGGGCCGCUGCCUCCCCACCUCAGGGGUCACCGCAGCCCCUCCUCCCACAAAAAGAGGGGGCACUGUCCAAAAUCGUUGGUCGUAAGAGCAAGGGGCCUCCCACCACCUCCAGCACCUCCUUGCUGCCACCGGGCCAGGCGGCGGUUGGACCGUAAGCUCUCAAGCCGGCCCUCUUUUUUAAAACUACAGCUAGAGUUUAGGGCUCAGGCCGGAAGGUGGCAGUUGAGACUUCCACACUGCCCCAGGCGCCACCUCUCCACCCUGGGGUCUGCCGCACUCCCAGUAGCUGCCAGACCAGCAGUACCCCACUCAGACCCCAGGUCCCAGAGGGAGACAGUGCAGGUCCCCAUACAAGAUGGACACCGCAGCGCCUGCAUUAGAGCAUCCUAAAGCCAAAUCCUCCAUGCGUUCUGUCUGCAGCUGGCACCACCUGAGGGUGCUGGCUGGACCGACAGCAAAGUUCACGACCUGUCACCCUGAGGUGGCAGAUGCAGCCACACCUGGGUAUUAUAACCCAUGUAACAACCCCUGGAGAGCUGGGACAAAUGCUGGGGCUGGAGCCAUUACGAUGUGGCAAGUACCCUUGCGCAGGUCCUCCUGACGGGCCUGGCCUGAGUCAGGGGGCUACAUAGGUAUCUGCCCCCCAAUCCUGGGUAGAGCCAAAAGGGGUCCUGCAGCCUUUCUCCCCAGGGAUAACUGUUCUUGUGCUGCCAAAGUCAGACAUCUGGAGGGAGCAAACCACUGGUUCCACAGUAUUCUUUCCACUACCCUCUGAAAGCAAUACAGCUCCGGCCCAGCAUCUUAACUUGGGUUAGGUCCAAAAGUGGGCUUGAGUUGCAGGCAGCAGACACUCCCCUGAGCAGAGCAGAAAGGACCCUGGGACCCACAGUUGCUGUCUCCAUCACCUUCCCCAUGGGAAGGAACCUUAGACACACUGAGAGAUCCCCCAGAAGUGGGUGAGGCUAAGGCAGAAACCACAGGCAUAAGCAUCUAGGCCUUCCCAGGAGCCCCUAGUGCUCGAGAUCAAUUACUACUAUGUCAAGGGAAGGCAACUUCAGCAGACAAGAACCACAGGAGGGAAGUUCACUGAUGGGGCCUGACACGUGGUCCUAUCUUGGGAGCCAGGGUUUUCAUGUGUCCUCUAUCCACCUAUCCCUGUGGCCCUCUGUGCAUCCACAGGGAACCUAAUCUAUACCACCCACCAACCUCUCUACACCUAGGGGAAAUCAAGGCAGGAGGCAAAGAGGUAGUGACACUCACCUGGCAAUAACAAAGGCCUCAGGUGCACCUGAAGGCAUGUCCUGCUCCAGGAUAGAUAGCAUGUUCCUUGCUGAAGAGCAGGUGGUGGCAAGUCUCUCUUGGCUGUCCCCAUGGGCCAAUCUGUGGGAGCCAAGACACUAGGGGCCACCCUCUCCCCUCCACGUGUGCUUCUGAAGUGAGGAAUUUCAGCAAGCAACUCCACAGUCCCAAGAAUGAAAGGGCCUCAAGGAAAAGCUAGGAUUUUACCACCUCUGGGCCCCUGGACUGGGCAAGGGCAGCAGCCAGCUGCAUGUGACCUACCAUCUACCGACAACUUCCCAUUCCCAUGCACCCCUCUCCCAUGUCACACAGGCCCCAAGACCCUUGACCAACUGGAAUGAAACUGCAGGCACCCAGCUUUAGAACUCUGAGCCACAUUGGGGGAGCGGGUUAAGCUCCUGGCGCCCUGGCAAGGUUUUUUUUCUUUUCCUCCUUAUAUUUUCUACUUUGCAGUCUUUUAACAGUAUCCCCAAACAGCUCCAGUCCACACCAGCAUAUCAGGCUUCCUCCCCAGAGCAGUUUAGAGGAAGCUCCUUCUGGGCAUGGUCAGGUGGUCCCCCUGCCCUCUCUUCUUCCCCUUUGUCCCCUGGCCUCAAUGGACUGUGGCUGAGGGAGGUCAGGAGGGCCCUCGGGAGGCUUGGCUUCCCUGCCACCCCAGCCCUCCUUCCUGCCUAUCGGAGGGCACGUAGAGUCCCCAAGGGUGGCCCUGGAUCUCCUUCCUCCCUUCAGUGGGAGGGGGCAGAGAUCCAGAAGACCCCAUGGCUCGGUCCCUUGGACAAGCAAGCUCAGGGAGGAUGCAACGGAGGAGGCGGCGGCAGACGACUGCAGCCCUGUCGGGCACAGACCAUGCAAUCUGGGGCUGGCCCUGGGGCCAACCGGGUCGUCCUCCACCUGCUCAAAUGUGCUUCCACGAACCAGAGGAAACCCAUUUACUAGUUUUUCUAAUAAAUCAAUAAUGCUCCAUAA